AUGCACUUUUUUAAUUUGGCUUUGCUUGCAAAGCAAGGCUGGUGUCUUCUAACUCAGCCAGAUUCUAUUAUUGCCAAGCUGCUUAAAGCCAAGUAUUUCCCACAUUGUUCUUUUUUAGAGGCAAAGCUGAAAGGUGGUGAAUCCUACUCCUGGCGUAGCAUUAUUUCAGGCCGUGACGUCUUUAAGUUGGGGUUGCGAUACCAAGUUGGUAGCGGCUGUAAUAUAUCUGUGUGGAACGACCCUUGCGUACCUACUCCACAUUCUUUCCGGCCUUACUCACCUAUCAUGGAGGGAAUGGAGGAUCUAGUGGUGUCUGAUUUGAUUGAUUUUGAUUCAAAGACUUGGGCUACAGAUUUUAUGAAAGAAUUAUUUAUAGAGGGUGAAGUGGAGAGGAUGGCUUCUAUCCCUCUCAGCAUUCGUGGAGGUGGUGAUCAGUUGAUUUGGCAUUACGACAAGAAAGGCAUGUAUCAGGUGCGCAAAGGGUAUCAUGUGUACAAUGCUGCAAUGAGUCACAAGAACCGAGCAUCUACUUCUUCUGACGAGGCUGGAGCAAACAUUGUACCUACUAAAGAGGUUUUAUGGCAACGUAGAGUUAAUUUGGUGGAUCACCAUUGCAUGUUUUGCAUGGAGGAAUUAGAAACUGGUAUGCAUUUAUUCAAGUCAUGUUAUGCUUUGCAUGGGUUUUGGUUCCUUGGUCCUCUUAGAGUGCAUGCAAAGGCCCACCCGGCUAAUUGUUUACGUGAUUGGGUGUUGGAUAUGAUGGAUAGUCUAACUGUUGAUCAAUGUGACUUUUUCUUCAUGAGCUUAUGGGCAAUUUGGACGGAGCGUAAUAAUUUAAUCUGGAAGGGUGCAAGUUUUCAACCUAUGAACAUGAUUCAAUGGACUAGUAAACUGUUAGAAGAUUUCCAGAAAUACCAUCCGAAGACGGUGAGGAAGCAGAGGAGACCUCAGACCAAAUGGAAAAAUCCUCCUAGUGGUCGUCUGAAAAUUAAUGUGGAUGGGGCUUUUCGAGCUGAAGAUGGGAGUGGAGGUAUUGGAGUAGUAGUUAGGAAUGAAACUGGUAUGGGUAUUGCUGCGUUGGCUAAGCCUUUUUUACAUGCACACUCGAUCCUUAAUAUGGAAACGGAGGCGUGUAGAGCUGGUUUACUUCUUGGUAUUCACCAAGGCUAG